AUGAGUCGUGCUGCACCAACAGAAGAGGGAACGGAAGAGGCUGGUAGUGAUCCUGAGAGUAACCCUGUGGAGGAGGAGGAUGUCCGUCGAGCUGAUGAAUUCACGUUGGACAUGGAGAAGUUCAGCGCACAUGGGAGUGGGUGGAAGGCUUAUGCGGAUAAAGAAGAGGUGAUAGCAUGCAGUAAGGAUGUUGCCAGUGAUGUUAUGGCUCGAGCGCUCGUCCUUGGGGAGAAGGGGAGGACCCAAUCGAUCAGCGCGCAGACUCACAUAGCGGAUGUCUGCGUGAGACUCACUGGAAACAAGCUCAUCAGACUGGGCCCUGUUCCAGAGGAGGCCGAUAAGAGUCUCGAUCUGGCUCGGCUGAAUUGCCAUCAUAUAGCUAGGGUUUGCUUGGAUGCAGUGGUUGACGCGAAUUCCUCAGAGAGGCUUAUAAGUUGUCUACUUGGCAUGCCCAAUGGUCGGGACACGAUGCUAUCGUUGACUAAGGCUUUGGUUAGAGUGAUGGAGAGGACCCCUCUGAUGGACCCUAUGCAGAGCCAGGCUCUUCUCAUGUGCCUGUCGGAGACCACUAGAUACUACCAGUGUGCUGUGGAGGUCCUUAGUACUGGCGGGCUGUGGAUGCUGCUGACGUUACCACAAAUUUCAAGUUACCCUGGCAUGCUCGCACAUCUUAAAACGGUGAUGUUGAAUAUUUGUCGGGAUGAUGAUUAUAUAGUUAUGGCGGAGGCUAAGCCUAUCGUGUUGCGGUAUUUGGCUACUCAUAAUGAUCAUGUUCGGGCGAGUGAUGGGAGACCAUGGGUGAAGGGGAGGGACAUUGUGGAGGCUCUAGCUGAGAAGCUGGGUCCGGUUUGUAUUGGUCGCGAUGUUGGUGACAUUAUAAAGCGGACUUUGGCGAAGUACACCAAGUAUUGUGAUUCUGACGAGGGGUGGAUCGCUCUACGAGAUGAGGUAGUUGAAGAGGCGAAUGGAUUGGGGGACCAUCCGGUGACAGAGUCGAACUCGACGGAACCGCCGGAAAUGGCAAUUCCACAUAACUUGGCAAAGACUGUGUCAACGCUGCUAGUGGCCCUUCGUGUGUGUAUGAUGGGGCGUGGUAUUGGCCCGGCGAUGAGUACGAGUGCUGCUCAUUAUCAGAGUAAUGAAGAGGCUGCUUAUGCUGCAUCGGGGGAGGCUAAGGUGGCCAAUGGAGCUGAGCAGCUGCUCUUCCUCAUCAAUAAACUGUGCCAAACUCUUGAUGUGAAGCACGCUCUACCCCGCCUCGAUUUCGAGCCGGUCAUCCCUGAGAGGUUCCUAGCUGAGGGAUCAACACCAUUGGUGUCGUCGCCGACCGACUGUUUCUCGUGGAUGGCAGCAGAGACGGGCAGUUGCUUGCUGGAGUUCAUAGGUGAUGGCUUGUAUGCACUUUCUGCAGUAGUGGGAGACCAUACGGCACUCAACCAAGCGAGUCUGUGGGCGGGCGCUAUGGCUCAGGAGUGGCUGUUUGUGGCCGUGCUGAAUUCUGAGCGGAGCGAAGCGGUGGUGAGGCAGAUUUCGGAUGUCCUUUGGAAGAGUUUAUCGGAGGCAUUUGGUGGUGAUGGGGAAAAGGGCAUACCUAAGGUGGAUGUGAUGAUACCUCGGAGGCACCAAUCGUUGAAGGCGACUGAGGGUAAGGAGGAGGAGGAGGAGAAGACGACUGCCAGUGAGGGAGCUGUUGAGGCUGCGAGGCUGAUGGCUCGAGCAUAUCUCAUAUAUAGUAUGCAGUUGACGAAGUGCAGAGGAGAGGAUGGUAUAGAGCAUUUCGUCUUGGACGGUCGAGUUCAGCUGCCGGGCGCUGACGAGGUCCAAGCGUAUCAGCUUGAGAGAGUCCAAGAGGUGAAGGGCUGGUUGGGGGAGGCGCUUGGGGUCCUACAGCUUGAUCAGCCCUAUAGCCCUUUUGUCGCGGAGAGUAUGUUGGAGCCUCUAGUACCGUUGACGAGGUGUCCGGAGUUCCCCGAUGGCGGGAAUGUUGUACCGAAGGGGGAGCAGGAAGGGAUUGCUCGGGCCGAUUCGGUUGGUGAUUCAUCUGGAAAUUUGUCACCGCGCCACGAAAAUAUGGAGGAGGCGGUAGAGGGCAUGCCGGCGGCCGCAGCAGCAUCACCAGCAGUGGGGGAGCAGGAGCAGCAGAUCCAUGUGGAGAUAUUGGAGGAGAUGGACGAUGGGGACGAGGGUCCUGGCGUGGGGCUGGCUGAUAGCAUACUGGAUGAGGAGGAGGCUGAUAGGUCUAGUGUUGACGACGCCAUGGAGGUGGCCCCACUGACGGUGGCCCCAGCUACAGUGCAAGGUGAGGAGGAGAGCUCGGGUGGUGACGCUAUGAUGGAGGCAUCAGAACAGCCUAGUGCUGAUGACGAUGAGGAGGAGGAAGAAGAGGAGGAGCCGCUUUUCGAGGCGGCGGAGUUUAUGGGAGAUGUUGGUGUUGACGGCGAACUGCGGGAUGUGGGCAUGGGAGAGAUGGAGGAUAUGGACUUUGAGGACGCUCUUGCUGGCAUGAUGAUGGGGGACGAUGGUGAAGAUUCCUUUUUCCAUAUAGGGGGUAGUGAUGAGGAUGAAGAGGAGGAUAGGGCGCCUGGGGAGCACCCACUGAUAGCGCGCUCACAUACUGGCACAAGUGUCCAACAGCAGCCGUUAGGGAGUGUCGUAGCGGCUCGAGUGGGCGAGAGGUGGAGGCAGUCUGGAGUGUUGCCACCGGCGCGAGCUAAUAUUGAGGAAACGGUGUUGGGGGUAGCGGAGGCGGUGGAGCAUAUGGCUGAGGAGGAGGUGGCUGUUGCCCCAGCACCUGUGGUGGAAGAAGGUGUACACCAACAAGAGGAGGAGGAGGAGGAUGAUGAGGCUAGGGCCGACAUGGAGAUGCCUUGCACUAGACUCCUAGGGCAGCCCGACCAUCCUCCGUUCCCCAGGCUGUACGAGGUCCCUAGUGGUGAUGAUCCGGCUAAGGUGAGGAGCACUAUGACCUCCCGUCUGCUGGUGGCUGUUGAAUUUAUCCUCACCUGGGUGGUGUCGGCGUCGACUACUGGAAAGGCUCCGAGUGGUAUCGAGUUGUUGAUCGAUUUGGUGUCCUCGUCACUUGUGGAUGCAUCUGCUGUGACCCUCGGGAACCUCUUGCUGCUGUUGUCGAAGCUCAUUGUGCCCUAUAGAGGGAGGCCGGCAGGGGUUACGACGACUCGAGAGGGGUCAUCCGAUGGGGCACCGAGAUCUUCUGAAGGGGAGCAAGUGGCUGCGAGGCAGAGACAGAGGGUUGAGAAGUCCCAACAGCGGUCGCGGGUGCUAAUGCAGCAUAUAUCGGCGGACGCUGCCAGGAGGUUGAUGGGAUACGUUUUUGGACCGGCCUCGGGGGACCUUGUGCAACGUCGAUCACAGGCUGCAAGGAUGGACCCGCGUUACGAGAUGAUUGGAGAUAUGAGUCUGGCAAAUCCCUUUGGCAUGGAGCGUGUAUUGCAUGAGGGCAUCGGUCUAGUAGUGGCACUUGCUGAAAGCGAUUCCCACGGUCGGCAGCUCAGAGGGGCACUGGCGGCGGAGCUCGGGCAACUUGCGGAGAGCAUCGUUGAGUUGUUGAAGGAGCCGGCUGAGUGUGAGGAAGCGAAUGAGAAGCUGCAGAGGGAAGGGCAGAGGCUGAUGCGGUUUGUGGGGGCGUAUAAGCAGGUCGCUCGGAACAAGUGUCGGAACUUGCCGGAGGAGGAAUUCGAUAUUGCCUAUAGGAACACUCUCGCAGAGUACCUCACAGGGUCAGCAUCGAACCCUGGCCUUGUCGAUCUGUGGAAGGCCCUGGAUGAGGCCCUGCUCCCGUAUGACUGUAUUGAUAUGCGACGAACAGAAGGGCAGCGGCAGCUUGAGGAGUUGAGGGCCAGAGAGGGCCCAGGAGGGGCACUCAGUGUGGACGAUGAAGAGGAGGGGGAGGAAAGAACACCGUUGGAAGAAGUAGUGGUUGCUAGCGGUGAGGAGGAGGAGGAGGUCCAAGCCAGCGAUAGCGAUGAUGAGGCUAACGGCCGCAUACCGACUAGGUUGCAUCGUAUCAUGGGUCUUCUGGAGGCCUUUAUGAUCGCCUUUGGCAGUCAAAAGGGGGGGAGCGCGAGCAGUUCGUCGUUGAUGUCGGGGAACUCGGAGGACAUUUCUCCUCCUUAUGAGAGAGAUAUGAGGAAGCUGGUGGCCUUUUUGGAACGGCACAAGAAGCCUGUAAAUGCUUGUAUAAAGAGGCCAACGGACAGCCUUACUCGAAUGCUGAUGAAUAUCAUUCGUAUAGCGCCGCAUGUGGUUGAUUUUGAUAAUAAGCGCGCCUUUUUCCAUUGGGAAAUGAAUAACAGAGGUAGGGGGGGAGGUCCUCGAAUGGGCAUGAGACCUAUCAGGCUGAAUAUUAGAAGGGAUCAUGUGUUCAUGGACAGCUUCCAUCAGUUGCGCCCGCGCACGGCGGAGGAGAUGAGGGGAAAGCUGUCGAUAGUAUUCUCUGGUGAAGAAGCAGUAGAUGCUGGAGGUGUGGUACGGGAGUGGUUUGGGAUUUUAUCUCGGGAAAUAUUCAACCCGAAUUAUGCACUCUUCAGCACAGCAGGAGGUAACUGCUCAACGUUCCACCCUAACAGUAUGUCCUAUGCUAAUCCGGACCAUCUGGCGUUUUUUGAAUUCUGUGGAAGAUUCAUUGGAAAGGCAAUUUAUGACAACCAGAGGCUAGACUGUUAUUUCACGAGGAGUUUCUAUAAACACAUGUUGGGGAAGCCGGUGUCAUGGCAUGAUAUGGAGUCGGAAGACCCUGAUUUCUAUCGGCAAAUGCUGUGGAUACUCGGUAGGCUUGGUUGGGAUGUAGCUGCGGAUAUGAAUUUUACAACAGAUCUGGACGACUUUGGCAGAGUGCGCUCGGUGGAGUUGAAGGAAAACGGUGCGAACAUAAGGGUGACCGAAGAGAACAAGAAGGAGUAUGUCCAUUUGGUAUGCCAACAUAAGAUGACCCAAGCAGUGAGGCCUCAAUUGAACGCCUUCCUCAAGGGCUUCAAUGAGCUGGUAGGUGACGUGCUGGGCCGCAUGUUUGACGAUAGAGAGUUGGAGUUGCUCAUAUCGGGGCUGCCCACGAUCGAUGUAGAGGACUGGAAGAGAAACACGGUUUAUGUCAACUAUACUAAGGACUCUGAUCAGAUAGUUUGGUUCUGGUCGGUAGUGGAGGAGUUCAACCAGCAGCAGUUAGCGACGUUCCUGCAAUUCGUGACGGGGAGUAGUCAGGUGCCUUUGGAGGGCUUUAAGGCGUUGCAGGGGAUGAGGGGACCACAGAAGAUGUCGGUCCACAGAGCGUAUGGGGCUGAUCGUUUGCCGACGGCUCAUACGUGCAUGAACCAGUUGGAUCUGCCGAACUAUGGUGAUAGGGAGACUCUUAAAGCGAAGCUCGUGCUGGCGGUUAAUGAGGCCCAUGAAGGCUUUGGCUUUGUGUAA